AUGGCUCGUCCGGACGCACAGGAGCAGCGGAGCUCAAGACGGGCUGUGUGUCUGCGCGCGCCGAGCCCGAGCAGACGCCGCCGCCUCCCAGCCGGGUUGCAGUUUUACGGGGGUUUUGUUUUCUUCUCUGCUCCUGCAGAGCUGAUCGGGAUUUCACCGAAAGGUGCUGGGGAGAGGGUGACCGGGGGACUUCAGGCUGUGCCUGGGUCCUUUACCGCGGCGCUGGAGCUGGCGGCGGCCCCUGCGGGAUGCGCCCUGAGCUUUCGCCCGCGCGGAGAGCCGGCGCCGAGGCGGGUGCGGGAACCGUACUGCCAAUGGUGGCCAGGGCUCUUGGCCCGGUCGCCGCCCAGCCCCCACCGCGGGCUCCGGGCGGGGAGAGGCGCGGGCGGCGCAGCCCUGAGACGUGGCGGGAUCGCGGUGGGGCCGGCCGGGAACUGCUGGCGGGAGGCGGGAGAAGCGCGGGAGCGCCUGCCUCUCAGGGGCCGUCCGGAUCCAGUUGGCGUCUGGACCCUCCGCACCGUUUCUCUUUCCAGAGCUGUUGGUUAUGUACAGAACGCCCGGCUGAGCCUCCCCGGGCGCCGCCUCCGAUCCCGGGAGCUCUCCGGUCGCAUUGGGAACGGCCAAGCGGCGCGGCGCUGGGCGGGGUCUCCGGGCGCAGCGCGGAGGGGAAGGGGUGUCGGGCCGACAUCGGCGGCGGAAGAAGGACGGAGACCGCCAGAGUCACUUAGCUCUUCCCGUCAGCAUGGUUCAGUGCCUCCCGACACCAUGGCCCUGGCUGAGGUAGUAGUUUGUGCUGUUGGUCGGGUUGUGAUAUUGCCCGCUGUGGAGAUAACUGCGCAAGCUACUGCCUUGCUAGUGCUGGUGAUGCUCAGCGCCGCGGAGGACAAUGGCUGGGAAUCCCCUUUGUUUUCCGGGGCGCGGGGGCGCGGGGACAGCCCGCGGAGCCCCGGCGCCCGGUCUCGACGAAAACCGUUACUUGUACAUUUUCCUGGAAGGAGAGAAGGAAUUGCGGGGAGGAGAGUGGGCGGUGAUGUUUUUAAAGCUUGGGAAAGAACUAAGCCAUUGGAUUUGCUUUUUACUCUCAAAGGAAAAGUGAAAUUGCGUAAGAUAUUUACGCACAUAACUUUUCCACGUUUAAGUCAUUUUGAGGUUUCUUUCAGUAAUAAGGUAAAAAAUUUCAUUUGCACCUGGUUUACUUCAUUCGAAAGCUGGAAUGAGCUGUCCUGCAGAACUGGCGUGGGGGAGCAGAAUAGUAGACCCAUUAAUUGGAAAGUUUAUGCCUUCUUAGUAUUUUAG